ACCCUCCUCUGUUUUCUAACACGUCCUCAGAAAGCAUUUAAAUUCCCGAGCGUGCAAGAAGCUGUACAUUUUGGAUAUUUAGCAUCCGAAUAGCAACGAUGAGUGGUAGAGGAAAGGGAGGCAAAGGACUCGGUAAAGGAGGCGCCAAGCGUCACCGCAAAGUUCUCCGUGAUAACAUCCAGGGAAUCACCAAGCCCGCAAUCCGCCGUCUGGCUCGCCGCGGUGGUGUGAAGCGUAUCUCCGGUCUGAUCUACGAGGAGACCCGCGGUGUGCUCAAGGUUUUCUUGGAGAAUGUCAUCCGCGAUGCCGUCACUUACACCGAGCACGCCAAGAGGAAGACCGUCACCGCCAUGGAUGUGGUGUAUGCUCUGAAGAGACAGGGCCGCACUCUGUACGGCUUCGGCGGUUAAACCGGUUUUUCUUUUCUGACUUGGAAAAAAAAUAAAGGCCCUUUUAAGGGCCACUCACGAAAUGUAAAGAGGUGAUUCUGUUUUCAACGGUGGUAAAGGUUCUUGCUGUUCCGUGACCUCUGAAGACCACCCGGGCGGCUGUUCAUUGCCUACAUAUUGCCAUAUUGCCUUGUCUGUCUAGAUUAACAAGUCUUGAAUGAUCAGAAUUUAGAAUGUUUGGAGGGCCACGUGCGGUUCGCAGUUCAGCUGCACCUUUGUGGAUUUUAACAAAUCGAAUAGACCGUGUGUAUUCAUUCUGGCCCAGCUCUUCCACUUAACCUCUUAAAUAAGAAUUUCAAGUUUAUUCCGUAAAAUUACAAGAGGGACACGCAGAAAGUACAAUGCACAGUUGCCAUGGGUUAGAAGGUGAAGUUUACAAACUGAGAAGAUCAAAUUAAUUAGAGCACUAUAGUAACUGAGUUAUUGAAGUUCAAGAAUUAUUUCAUCUCCAAAUCCAGUGUAUAAAGUCUCUUAGAUCAAAGGUCCAACACGUGCCAUGGCAGGCCCUGUGUUGGAUCCAAAGUUUUCCUCUGUUUAAGGUCAGUGAGCACCUGUUUGAUCACCAUUUCACUUGACGGAUUGUAGCAUUUCUGGUUUUCCACAUACAAUACUGAUUAAUUAACAGUUCUUUUUGCUUGAACACCAUCUUUUUUUCCCCCAACAAUCUAUACAUGAUUGAGUUAUAGUUAGUUCAAAGUUCUUCACUUCAAAGGUCAGACCAUGAUUUUAAAUUAUAGUCCAGUGAUUCAGACCACCUUCAUCAAAUUCAGCCUCAACCUUUUAUUAUACCCCCUUAUUGGCUGCACUGUGACAAUACCAAAUAUAUAAUAAUUGUUAACUGAGCUGCUAUCACACACGUCUGAAGCAACUUUGUGCUAUAUUACAUUUUUUUUAUCCUCUAUGUACGCAACCUAUGUAUAUAUUUUUAUUCUACUGUGAAAAUUACUAUGCAAUAAAGGUUCUUCUGUACCCACCAUGUGCCAUUUCUGUUUGAACUGAAAAUUUGCAAAUUUUUUUUGGCACAUUUAUGGCAAUUUUCUACAGUUCUUUUGUGGCUAUAUAUAUAUAUAAGUUCUUUCUAUAAAAUGUACAUAUAGUCGUGCAAAACUGUAUUUUUCUGUUCUAUUGCUAUUGCCUGCUGCCUGUAACACCUGA